UUCGGAUUUCCGUUUGUUUCAGUCUCGUUGUUUGUACUGAGAUAAUUUGUAUUUAUAUCUUUUGCCUGUUCAUUUAUCACUUAAAAUGAGCAUAGAGGAGAAAAACCCAAUAUAUUUAGAUAUAUGUCAUCAGUUGGAUGCUUUCUGUAAACAAGUCGAAGAAAAAGUGGACAAGGAUCAGCAACGGUUAAAAGCACGGAAAAAAAACACUGAACUCGAAGAGAAAUUGUCUCAGGAAAUGAAAAAGAACGCGGAGUUGUUACGGCAACUAGAAGAGGUUUCAAGCCGGUACACAGAGCUGGACCGGCUGUGUGCCAUGUUCCCUGGGCAGCUCACCAUCUCAGACAACGACCAGACACGGCUGGAUCAGGCCAAGUUAUCAUAUGAAGUUGCCAAAGAGCUGACGGGAGUGAGAUUCGACUACACAGCUCCACCGCACAUUUGCAAAGGCUAUGUGAAGAGCGAGUCCCGGAAGCUGCUGCAACCGUUUAACCUAGAGGGCGACGCCAGCGCCGCCAUCUGGCGGCUCGCGGAGGCCGUCGCCGCGCCCGAGUGGCGCCUCACCGACAAGGAGAACCUGCCACCCAACUAG